AUGUCUAGGAACAGAACCUCCUGGAAUCAUCUACCUCCCGAAAUCCGAAACAACAUCAUUAGUCUUCUGCCCCUUCUCGGUGGGAAAUGCAGCCGGCUCGCAACCGUUUCCCGAGACUGGCACUCAAUUAUCGAGCCGCUCAACUUUGCCGAGAUCAGCCUUACAGUACCGCGGCUCGCAGACCUCGACUCUCGAGCUAUUUUGUUCCGAAAGAGAAGCCAGAUUCGCUACGUCUGGUUCCGCGUGGAACUGACGCAGUACGAUUGCACACAGUGUGAUACCACUUACUUGUCAUUUCGGCGCCUGGACAACGAUUUCAUCGCAGACGCGUUUGAUAGCUUGUUCACGACACUUUCCGCAUGGGAGCCUCGCGGCGAUUUGAUCCUCGACAUCAGUGUGUACUCGCCCAGUGACAACCAGCACUGGUUCAAACACCUCAGCUUCCGCUCAGACAGCAGCCUCGACGAGUGCUCGUCUCCCCGUGGACACGAACAGGACACGACCCCGAUAAACGACCCAGCUCAUGGCUGGGUUGCCGGGCGACAGGUCGUUACGCCCAGCUGGCGUGCCAUCGAGCAGACAUUCGAAGAAAUCAUGAUCGAAGGGCCUUUCGACGACGACCAACUCGAGAUGCACUGGUGGCGGAGUCUCCCCCUCGUGCCCGUCGUCGGCGUCGUUCUCCUCCGCCAGCAGACGCGCCGAAGAUGGAAGCCGGUUGCGCUCGCCAACAUGCUCACGCGCUUCCCCAACAUGAAGGAGCUUUGCUACGAGCCCUGGAGGGAGUGGGACAUAUUUCAGAUCUUUACCGAUAUACGCAAUACAGGCAACCAGACGCUGAUGGAGUCUUUUUCCUCGACGAAGUUGUGCAAGCUGACGAUAUUCGAGAACUUCAACGAGUCGUACCCGGAAAAAUAUUCACAGCGUUCCACUAUCAGGGAGCCGGACUCGGCCGUGAGCCAGAAACUUGCCAACGCCAGCCUGCACCUCACGACGCUAUCUGCCUCUUUCAUGGUCGACGCCGGUUUCUUCUUCGCAGCGCGUCAAGGUCCAUGGAAGUGGGAGAAGCUCACGUCUCUGGUGCUCACUUCGAGGGUCCUCACUCACGAUGCAGACCCCUCGGAUAUCAACAACAUGCUUCGAGACGCCGCUGCCGCCGCGCUCAAGAUGCCGAGACUUGACACGAUGGAGUUGUGGAAUGGCAGACGGGGUGUGGCAAUGCUCUUUCGCUACCAGAGGGCUCGAAAUGGGCAGUCGGUCAUCAUAACGGUACGGGGGACAUCGGACUUUUCUCUGGGGGUUGCCGCCACGGAAGCCUGGGAUAUGGUCGCCCGCCAGCAUCGCCAUGGCAGGGUCGUCGUACAAACCUCUUCGAUCGAUUCACGUGCUAUUCGAUGCCACGGCGAUGCGAUCCGCCAUCUGGGACUCUCGACUGACGUCGUUAGGCCUGUCUCGCUGCGUCAAAUCCUCAGCGAACACGAAUUUCAGGUGUGA